AUCGCCAACUAUACACAUCUAUCUCUCUUUCACCACCCCAACUUGUCUCCCAUUUCUUGAAUCUUUAUAUCCAAAUUUAUUCUUUCAUUGAUGUGGUUAAUAUCUCAGAAAUGGCAAUCGCAGCCGCCAUUAUUCUUCCUAUUGGUCUUCUCUUCCUUUUAUCUGGCCUCAUUGUCAACUUCAUUCAGGCACUUCUUUUCAUUCUAGUUCGACCCUGUUCGAAAAACAUAUACAGAAGAAUCAAUAAAGAAGUUACAGAAUUGUUAUGGUUGGAACUCAUAUGGCUUUUCGACUGGUGGGCAAAUGUUAAGGUUGAACUAUACACAGAUCAAGAAACUUUUGGGUUGAUGGGAAAAGAGCAUGCACUAGUAAUCUCCAACCAUAGAAGUGACAUUGACUGGCUUGUUGGAUGGGUUAUAGCUCAGAGAGUUGGUUGCCUCGGUAGCACAAUUGCGUUGGCAAAGAAAUCAAUAUCAUAUCUUCCUGUUUUGGGAUGGUCAAUGUGGUUUUCUGGUUAUAUCAGUCUCGAGAGAAGCUGGGCCAAGGAUGAAAACACCUUGAAGUCAGGAUUCCAACAGCUAAAUGAUUUCCACCAACCUUUUUGGUUGGCUGUUUUUGUAGAAGGGACUCGCUUUACGCACGCAAAGCUUUUAGCAGCCCAAGAAUAUGCUACUUCUGCAGGAUUACCUAUCCCAAGGAAUGUUUUGAUUCCUCGAACCAAGGGUUUUGUUGCAGCAGUAAGCCAUUUGCGUUCCUUUGUUCCAGCAAUCUAUAAUAUAACAUUUGCAAUUCCUAAAGAUAAGCCUCGACCGACAUUGCUAAGAAUGCUUAGAGGAUGUUCUUCUGUGGUCCACGUGCGUGUUGAACGCCGUUUGAUGCAUGAAUUACCAGAAGAUGAGAGUGGCAUUGCACAAUGGUGCAAAGAUGUUUUUGUUGUAAAGGAUACUUUGUUGGAACGACAUCUUGUUACGGGUACAUUUGGUGAUCAAGAAUGUCAAGAUAUCGGAAGACCGAAAAAGUCCUUAUUGGUUGUUAUCUGUUGGUCAUGUUUCCUUUUCUUCAGCGCCAUAAAAUUUUUCGAAUGGUGUCCAUUCUCUUGGGGAGGAGUUGUAUUCUGUGCAGUUUUCUUGGUCUUCGUCCUAGUCUUGAUGCAGAUUCUCAUUGUCUUUUCUAAGUCAGAAAAAUCUAUUGCUCCUAAAGUACCUCCGCGAAAUACAUUGGAGGAAAAUCUACUACCAGCAUGAUAAUAUGAUGAAAUUUAAGAUGGUUUAACUGGUUUAUAUAGGGGUAAUUUGAUCAUACAAAUUAGAGAGGAGGACUAAGAAGGGCUGGAAUUUUUACAAGAAAUUUUUGAAGAUCAAGAUUCAUUGAUUCUUUGGUGGCACUAACUUUCUCAUUUUUUUCUUUUGAUUUGCUGUUCAUGAUUUGGCUUAUGAAAUAUCAGCAAUAUGUUUAGGUUAAAUUUAGUAGUUUAUAAAAUUAUCCAAAUGUAUCUUACUUCGGAAACAACCCGUCUAUCUCUACAAGGUAGGAGUAAGGUCUGCGUACACGCUACCUUCCCGGAUCCCACUAGCUAUAUUGUUGUUGUUGUUGUUGUUAUAUGUGAAAAGUUGAUACAAUUGUUGUAUAAUUUAUUUGACAGAAAAAUAUAAGCUGAAGCUGGGAUACCACUGCUAUAUUAUAAAGUUUUA